UGUGACUUCGGCGUAAACAGGAAGCAGCUGAUCUUGACUUCACUGCCUGAUUCUACGAAGUAAUGUAUACAACUGGUAUUCUUAAAAACGAGUAAAGCCUAUAGUCUAACUUUGUAUUUAAGUAAGCGUUCUACCCUGACGGGCUGAAGGGAGGAAGAGGAGAGCUGCUGUGGACACAGACCAAAGUCAUCUGACUUGCAGCUCAGAGAAAUACUCUACAUCGUGUCUGCUGAUUGGGAUGUCAAGCACAGCAAUGAAGAAAAAGGUGUUACUGAUGGGAAAAAGUGGGUCUGGAAAGACCAGUAUGAGAUCAAUCAUCUUUGCCAAUUACAUAGCUCGAGACACACGCCGCCUUGGAGCUACAAUUGACGUGGAGCACUCCCAUGUACGGUUUCUGGGCAAUCUGGUUCUAAACCUGUGGGACUGUGGAGGACAGGACACGUUCAUGGAGAACUACUUCACCAGUCAGAGGGACAACAUUUUCAGAAACGUAGAGGUGCUUAUUUAUGUAUUUGAUGUUGAGAGCCGUGAGCUGGAGAAAGACAUGCACUACUACCAGUCGUGUCUGGAGGCCAUCCUGCAGAACUCCCCCGAUGCCAAAGUGUUCUGCCUCGUUCACAAAAUGGAUCUGGUGCAGGAAGACCAGAGAGAUUUGAUCUUUAAGGAGCGUGAAGAAGAUCUGAAGAGACUGUCCAGACCUCUGGCUUGCACUUGCUUCAGGACAUCAAUCUGGGACGAAACCCUGUAUAAGGCCUGGUCGAGCAUAGUGUACCAGCUCAUCCCAAACGUCCAGCAGCUGGAGACAAACCUGAGAAAUUUUGCGCAGAUCAUAGAGGCAGAUGAAGUUCUCCUGUUUGAGAGAGCCACCUUCCUGGUGAUCUCCCACUAUCAGUGCAAAGAGCAGCGUGAUGCUCACCGGUUCGAGAAGAUCAGUAACAUUAUCAAACAGUUCAAACUCAGCUGUAGUAAACUUGCGGCCUCAUUCCAAAGCAUGGAAGUGAGGAACUCUAACUUUGCAGCCUUCAUUGACGUCUUCACCUCCAACACGUAUGUCAUGGUCAUCAUGUCGGACCCCUCCAUUCCAUCUGCAGCCACUCUCAUCAAUAUCCGUAAUGCUAGGAAACACUUUGAGAAGUUGGAACGGGUGGAUGGACCCAAGCACAGCCUGCACAUGCGAAUGCGCUAGCCUGUGCAUUUGUCCCAGUGGAUAUUCUCAGCCAAUCAGUCCACAGACCGCAGACGACAUGUUGUGGUCUUCCAGCUCCAAUACACAUGAGCAGCCCUGCACUGUGUCCUCUAUAUCUUCACGUUCAAUCACAGUUAUUACAGGAGAAAUCAUAUUUCCUUUUCCUCUACAGUGAUCAUAAGUAUCUCAGAUAUAUAUAUCUGAGAUGAAUUCUGUUGAAGUACUUGCCCUAAUGCGACACAUUAAAGUAAAAUGAAUAGUUGUGUUUACUAUGAAGGGGGCUACCUUUGCUGUCACACUUUGUCUUCUACAGUUGAUUCAUUUACUCCAUGCACCGAGUCCCAGUGUUUGGGGGACGUUCUCUCCAAAUGAUAAGCAGCAGAUACUGUUUGAUUUUCAAAUGCAGUUUGUAAGCUGUUACACUUUGAAAGUACGAACAAUAUAGUUAUAUUCAGAAAAACAUCAUUUGUAAU